CGGGCGGCGCCGCGCCCCGGGAAUGCCGCCGUAGGGCUGCCGCGACCCGCGGCACCGGCACGGGGGUGCGUGGGGGGGUGUCCGUGGGGGGUGUCCGCGGGGGGCGGGUGGGUGGGGUGCGUCCCGGGGCCAUGUCGGGUCGCGACACCGUGCAGAUCCCCGACGACCGGGACUUCGGGGCGUUCCGGGCGGAGUGCGAGUCGGAGCGCGGCUGGAGCCUGACCUACAGCAAGGCGGGGGUGGCCGUCUGGGUCCAGCUGCUGGAGCCCGAGCGCUCCCUCCACAAGAUCAAGUGCAGGAUGGAGUGCAAGGACGUGCCGGCGGAGACGCUCUACGACGUGCUGCAUGACAUCGAGUAUCGGAAAAAGUGGGACACCAACGUCAUCGAGACCUUCGACAUCGGGAAGCUGACCGUCAACUCCGACGUGGGCUACUACGCCUGGAGGUGCCCCAAGCCCCUGAAGAACCGGGACGUCAUCACGCUCCGCUCCUGGCUGCCCAUGGGCACCGACUACAUCAUCAUGAACUACUCCGUCAAGCACCCCAAGUACCCCCCCCGGAAGGACAUGGUGCGAGCGGUCUCCAUCCAGACGGGCUACCUGAUCGAGGGGACGGGAGCCAAGAGCUGCACCAUCACCUACCUGGCACAGGUGGACCCCAAAGGUUCCCUGCCGAAGUGGGUGGUGAACAAAUCCUCGCAGUUCCUGGCCCCCAAGGCGAUGAAGAAGAUGUACAAGGCUUGCCUGAAGUACCCGGAGUGGAAGCAGAAGCACGACCCGCACUUCAAGCCCUGGCUGUUCCCCGAGCAGAGCCGCCUGCCCCCCCUGCCGCUCUCCGAGCUGUCCCUCCAGCACGCCGACUCCCUGGAGAACAUCGACGAGAGCUCCCUGGCCGAGACCAAAGACGACCGCGGCGAGGCCAGCGACGAGGACAGCGUUAACUGACCCCCCCGCACGCACCCCGACACCCCCCGGGGCCGUUCUGUCCCCGUUGCCCCCCCCCCCCCCCAAUGCAGUUUGUGUCUCUCUCUUGCACGCGCGUGCACGUGCACCCACGCUUCUGGCACGGGGAGGGGGGGACGCCCCCCUGCUGCCACCCCCCUGCCUGGGGACAGCGGGGCCGUGCUGGGCUCCCCCCGGCCGGGGGCCGCCACCCCCCCCCACACCCCCCAGGGUGGGAGGUCGGGGGGUGCCCGGUCCCUUCGCAGCCAUCGCGGGACGCCGACGUCGUCCCCAUCGGUUGUAAACCCAAAGUGCCCUUCAGCUCUUGGCCCGGGGAGGGGGGGAGCAGAGGAAAGGGGGGGGCCCUGUUCCUGCUCCCCAGCCCUGGGGGCACCCCCGCACCCCUUCCCCACACCCCCUCUGCUCCCCUGUCCCUCCCCCCCGUCUCCUCUGUUGGGGUCUGACAGAACUGCCUUCCUCCCGCGGGACCCCCGCCCCGAGCGGACCCCAGGGCUGGGGGGGGGCUGGGGGGUCUGCCCGCACCUCCCGGCCUGCAAAGGCGUCUUUGGGGGGCUCCUGGCAUCUCCAGGCGUACGGGGGGGGCUUAGGGGGGUCCUGGCACCUUCGUGCAUGUUGGGGGGCUCCUGGUACCUCCAUGCAUGCUGGAGGCUCUCUGGGGGCUCCCAGCAUCUUCAAGCAUCUUGGGGGGGGGCUCCUGGCACCUCCAUACAUUCUGGGGGUCCCGGGGGGCUCCCAGCAUCUCAGAUAUCUUCAGAUGUGUUGGGGGGGUGUCUCUGGGGGCUCCUGGCCCCCCCCUUUCCAGGCGAGGGGCCCCGAGCUCGGUGUCCGAACACUUUCUACGCUAGAAUUAGAGGCCUUGAAUCGGGGUUUUGGAGCUGCUCCUGGGCCGCGCUCCUGCCCCCCCUCCUUUGCCGGGGGCGGCGAGGGGGGGACGGAGAUUUUGUACCUUAUACCGGAGCUGAUUAUUUAGGAAUAAAAGAAAGAAAUCCGGUG